GAAGAUAAUAAAAAUCUCCGACGGCUAAGAAGAUGUCAGUGUUGCAGAGCCACCAAUGUCUCUUCUCCUUCUCUCUCCCUCACCGUCUCCGUACUCCGCGUCUCAUCUCUCUCUAUCGUCCACCGGAAUCUACCUCUCCGUUCCCUUCGCUCUCCGGUUUCACCCGGACCCGACCCGAUAGAAUCCGAGUAUCCGCCGUCGAAGAAACCUCCGACGUACCGGAGGAGGUAGAAGACGGUCCUGUCGAGCUUCCUCCGUCGGCCAUAUCUCCGUUCUCGACCACCAACUCAAUAUUCGCCACUUCCGAUGACCCCUCUCCACUCCAGCUAGCCACCAGCGUAAUGCUCACCGGCGCCAUCACCAUCUUCCUCUUCCGAUCGAUUCGACGGCGAGCUAAACGCUCCAAAGAGAUGACGUUUAGAUCGUCUGGGGUGAAGAAGUCGUUGAAAGACGAAGCGAUGGAGAAACUGAAAGCAAUGGGGUCGGCUCCGAUUGAAGAAGUUGGUGGUAAGUCGACGACUCCGUCGGCGGCUCAGGCGUUUCUUGGUGCGGUUUCGGCAGGUGUCAUUGCUGUUAUUCUCUAUAAGUUCACUACUACCAUCGAAGCAGGACUCAAUCGGCAGGCUAUUUCUGAUAACUUCUCGGUUAGGCAAAUCACAGUAACCGUAAGGACUAUCAUCAACGGUAUUUGCUAUCUAGCAACAUUUGUUUUCGGUAUCAACGCUGUCGGACUUCUCCUUUACUCUGGUCAGCUAGCCUUCAAUGAAGAGUCUGAUGAAGCCGCCAUGAAGGCCACAACAGAGACUGGAGACUCAUCAGGUAACAACAACAGUGAAGUAAAUAAAAGCAACGAGGAUCAAAGUACAAGUGAUUAGUCCAGCCUUUGUACUAUGAAAACAUGUAAUAAUAAUAUCAUAUUCGUAUUAUAAAUAUAAAUGCUUUUAGUUUGAUUA